CGUAAUCAUCUAGGCGUACGAUUUUUAAAAUGGCGGACAAACAAUCAGAUGUAACAAUAAUACCAGCAUCAAAAAGACCGGAUGGAACUUGGAGAAAAGAAAUCAGAGUUAAAGCAGGAUACGUUCCACCUGAUGAAGUUGAAAGGUAUCAAAGUAGAGGACGAGAGGCAGCUGCGAAUAGAUCGUCACUGCCUCCUGGAAUUAGCGUAGAAAGUGCUGACUCGAAAAAGAGUAAAAAUCAGAAAAAGAACGAAAGAAAGAAGCAAAAGAAACAACAAGAAAUUGAUACAAAAGCAGCUUCUGAAGAAAACAAAACUCAACAGCUAGCUACUGCUGUAAAAAAGCUAGAUAUAAAGGAAGAUAUCAAAGACGAAUCGCCUAAAUUAUCCAAGGAUGCUAUUACAAAGAAGCUGAAAAACUUGAAGAAAAAACUUAGGCAAAUAGAAGACCUUGAAAAGAAAGUGGCAAACGGAGAAAUAAAAGAGCUAGAAAAGGAGCAAAAUGACAAAGUUACUCGAAAAAAAGAAGUUCUUGAUGAAAUUGAGGACUUAGAACUUGAUUUGAAGCUUUGUGAUGAAUAGGCCUAACUGUUUUGUCAAACUGGGGAAAAACUAAUAUUUUUAGGUAAAAUAGAUGCUAAACUUAACUGAUCAUUAUUAAGUAGAGUCAGUGCAACAGUGAAGAAAAGCUUGCCAUCAAUAUAAGCAAGAAUAUAUAUAUAUAUGAUUAGGCCUACAAGCUUCUUUCCUUCCAGACUUCCAUAAAUUGCCUACACACUGAAAUUUUCCAUCUGCGCAUGUUGGCUGCGUUCCAAUUUAAUGACAUUUUGCAUCAUUAUUGCUACAAUUUUCUGAAACUGUGAUUUCAGCACAGACGCAAAAUUUAAAAAUAAACUUGUCCCUGCAAGAAACAAGGUUUCCAGUAUGGCUUUCCUUUCUAUGAUGCCCAAGGGAUACCAGUUUGUUUUGGCAGAAAAAACUGUUGAAUGUUUUUGAAAAUCCCAUUCUUAUUUACUUAAAUUAGGUAAGGCCUGUACAAUUAAAGAAGGUCCCACUAAACAAUAAUUUUGAUGAAUAUAGUUCUUCACUUUUGCAGAUUUUCUCUGCUUAUAGUUGCUCUGCUUAUAUCCAUUCUGCUCGAAGUCACACUAAUGGUUACAAUCACAUAAAAUUGAGACCCAAA